AUGGCUGCUAUACACCAUCCCCCCAAUGCGCCUGUCCUCAUCACAUUCCCUGACACUGAUGUACUCGUUCGCGACCUCGCGACCUUUAUCGCAAAAGCACAGAGGGACUCAAUCGAUAGGAAGGGGAGGUUCACUAUCGCGCUUUCUGGAGGGACCCUCCCAGAUAUGCUGAAAGGGCUCAUCGGAAACCGCCACAUAAAGUGGAAUCAUUGGCAAGUCUACUACGUCGAUGAACGGGUAGUUCCCCUCGACCAUCCCGACUCCAACCACCGCGCCUGCGUCGAGGCGCUCUUCUCCAAAGUACCCAUCCCGCAAGAAAACAUCCACGCCAUCGAUACCACCUACCUCAACGACCUCGAGGAGCUCUCCGACGCCUACGAGAAGGACCUCAUCCGCGAGUUUGCGCAGAAGGACGCCGCGCGGUUCCCCGUGUUCGACCUUAUCCUGCUGGGCAUGGGUCCCGACGGGCACACCGCAUCGCUCUUCCCGGGACACGAGCUCCUCACAGAGGAGGACCGCUGGGUGGCGUAUAUCGAGGACUCACCGAAGCCCCCGCCGCAGCGUAUCACCUUCACAUACCCCGUCAUCAACCACGCCGCCCGUGUUGUAUUCGUCGCCACUGGCGCGGGCAAGGUGGACACGCUCCAGAGCGUGCUCGACCGCCCGGCGGAGGGACUCCCCGCGGCGAGAGUAAAGCCUGUGUUCCCUGGCCAGUUGUAUUGGUUCGUCGAUGAGGCCGCCGCGUCCAAAGUCGCCUACCCGCGAACGCCGUUCAAGUCGAGAAACGCGCACGUACGCGAGUGCCAACAGGUCGUUGCUGUUCUCUACGAGACAGGAGACCCGGCGACCAUGAUCAACUACGUGCUCCUCAUUUCCAGACAAGGAAAACUCAGGCUCGCAAAAUGGUACACGACUCUCACAUCGAAAGUGAAGGCGAAGAUUGUUCAAGAAGUCACCCAGCUUGCGCUGAACCGCCGGCAACGGAUGUGCAACUUCCUGGAGUACAAAGGCCGAAAGAUCGUGUACCGUCGAUACGCUUCCCUCUCCUUCGUGUGCGACAUUGGCGAACACGACAACGAGCUCAUCGUGCUAGAGCUCAUACACCGCUACGUUGAGAUUCUCGACCGGUAUUUUGGCAAUGUCUGUGAAAUGGAUCUAAUAUUCAACUUCCAGAAGGCCUAUUCGAUACUGGAUGAACUCGUCAUGGCAGGCGAGGUGCAAGAGUCAUCUCGUGCCAAAGUCCUCGACGCGGUAGGCUGUACCCCCGCUGUUCGUCUCCUGAACCCGCUCACAAGUGGGUCCCAGACGAAAGCCUCUGACGACUGGGAAGAAAACGAUGACAUAACGAGGGCGAUCCACGAUGCAUACUUUGCGUGA